AUGUCCACUUCACCAUCUUCAACUCUCAGCCAUCACAUUGGAAGUGGCAGCUCCAACAGUCCAUCCCCGGAACGCAGCAUCGAGACAUCGGUAUCGGGCUUCACUGCCGUCAACGGGAGAAACUCGCAGACGCCGCCCGAGGUGCACCGCAUGCACAGCAUGGCGGACUCGAGUUCGCGGCAUGCAGAAAGGCCAGAUGCCCCUCGACCCGAAACAACGUCUCAGCAUAAUGGAUGGGAUCGUGGGACUGCGAAUGGCACCUACCAGAACGGACACAGUCACAGUCACGGUGCUCCAGAUGAUAUGCGACAUGAUCAGACCAAGCGAAAGCGAUCCGACGGAUCGGUGAACGGCAUUAGCGAGGCCGAUGCAGACGUGGCGAAACGGGUCGCCAUGAACCCUUCCCCAGACCAAGACCACUCCCGACGACCCGUGAGACCCGAGCAGUCGUAUGCGCCGGAGCCUCCCCGAUACCCGCCUGUGUAUUCCGAGCACCAGAACAAUCAUCACCACUAUCGCGAGGAUAGUGGAUCUCAAUCCAUCUCAAAUGGCACCCCUCUGCCUCAGCAUGGUUCGAACCCAGGAUUGUCCUCACCUAACGACAGUAUCAUGUCGAAUCUCCCGGCACACAUCGAGUUGACUUCGGCCGGCGUCCAAGUCGACCGAACCAAGAAUCGCAAACGCAUGUUCGCCAACCGCACUAAAACCGGCUGCCACACUUGUCGCAAGCGCAAGAAGAAAUGUGACGAGCAGAAACCCGAGUGCGCGAACUGUCUCCGCGGCGGGUUCACCUGCGAAGGAUAUGCAUCCAAGCCCACCGCGACAAUGCGAACCCAGCCGUUGACGAAAGCGCCGCUGCAGAGCAAGGUCGAGGAGAAACAGACGACGCAGCAUUCCCCCUUGGUGCCCCGUCCACCGGCCCACUCGUUCCCCGACAGUCAUGGGACGCAAGCGCGACCUAUCGGCGUCGAUGAUGAGCGAAAAGCCCCGCCUCCGCCGCCGUCGUGGGCACCUCCGCCGUAUGACCAUGGGAAUACCAGCAGUGGUGCAUACCCUGAGCGUCCCUCCGAAUACUCCCACCAGAUGCCGUCACGACCGACUACCGAACGGUCGAACUCAAGCUAUCACCAGCCGAGUAGCAUCAGCACCAACCUUUCCAACACCGCACAACGCGCGCUUGCGCACAAUACCACACCGCCGUUCAACACCCCCCACCCAAGAACGCCUUCCUACUACUCCCCUGCCCCACCACUCCCUCCCACGCAUACCCACCAUCACCCUCCCAUGGAGCUAGAUCCCGCCAUGCAAAAGUCGCGCAUGACGAACGGCGACCCCUACCUCCCCUACUCCGACAUCCUCAAAGCGGACCGCGCCAACUGCCAUCUCGCCCUCAUGCGCUACAACGCUGCCGCCUCGCCCAUCAGCGAGAUCUCCGACACCGAGAAAGAGCGCCUCCUCAAGCGCGUCCUCGGCUACCAAGAGUCGCGCUUCAGCGGCGGCUUCUUCGCGCGCCUGGGCCACGAAGUGGUGGUCGAGGCGCCGUUUUCCUGCCUGUACGGGUACAAUAUCCAAAUCGGCGACGACGUGGUGAUCGGCCCGCACUGCACGAUCCUAGACCCAUGCAGCGUGAAGGUGGGCGCGGGCACGCGAGUGGGCGCGAACGUUACGCUGUGCGGCGACGUGGGCAUCGAGGAUCCGCGGGUGCUGAUGAACCCCGUAGAACCGAAGGGGAAGAAGGGGCACGUGGUGGGGAAGGCGAUCGAUAUUGCGGAGAAUGUGGUGAUCGGCGCGGGAUCGAUUAUCGGGGGUGGGGUGAAGAUUGGCAGGGGGGUGAUCGUGAAGCCGGGUAGCGUCAUCGAGGAGAAUACACAUGUGCCGCCUGGCGUCAUCGGGAAGGGCAAUCCAUUCCAAUGGGAGCACUACGCCACCGCCCCAGCCAUGCAUCCUCCUCUUCCCCCUAUGCAAUAA